AUGGACGCCCUAUACCCCAGCGAACCCUGUCCCCGGAAAGCCCCGGCCGAGAAGCGUCGAUGGAACUACGAUGAGGAAAGCCAACUCAUCCGUCUCAUUGAGAUAGAGACAAUGACUUAUGAACAAGCAGCGCAGGUCCUACACCGUACCGCACAUGCUACUCAGCAUCGUUACGCCAUGAUCCGACAAAGAGACGUGAGCGCCAGCAUAAACUGGACUCCCGAGCUCGAUGCCGCGGUGAUCGAUGGACACCGCCGCCUGCAGAAGCCCAAGGCUAUCUCUCGCGAGAUGAACGUCCCGGUCGAAGCGAUCCAAUCUCGAUGGCAAGCCCUCAAGGUUAUGAAAAGAGUACCGCAGGAUGUCAUCGAUCUACAGCGGCGCAAAAAGCUUUGUCACUUCACUCCGGAAGAUGACGAAGCGAUUCUGCGUUUGUAUGUAGAGGGUAAAGAGGACAAAGAGCUUGCGCAGAUGUUGAAGAUACAAGGGAAGAGUCAAACGGAGGUAAUAAACAGAAGAAGGAAGUUGGUCGCUGAGAGUUCGCCAAUAUACAGGCGAUUAGUAAGUAUGCGCAACGGUACGUUGAGGGAGAAUGGGGUCAAAGUGGAGACGGAAGCACUGGAAGUGGCAGUGGGCAGAGAUAAGUAUGAGUGGAUGGAGGAAGAGACAUAG